AUAAUAACCCACGAAAACUUUUACGAAAUAGUCGGGAUUUGGGAACCCCUCCGAGUCCAGCGGUGAGAGAUCGAAAUCAUAUGUUGUUUCAGGGUUUGAGCAAUCGUAACGAGAGGAACGUUGAUCGUAGAAAGCGGGGAGAUAUAGAAACACACAGAUAAUAAGAUACAUACAAAAGAAGACGACUGAGAGAUAUAGAGGAAAGGAGGGAGACAUCCAUAAACUCCCCCCCUCUUCUAUAUUUCUUCUUCAUCUGCAUCUGCAUAAUCAUAAGGUUUUUAAAUGGGUAGUUGUCGUCAAUUUCAAUUCUAGCCAUGAACGAAUUACCAACAACACAAUCUCCUCGCAACACCAAGAGGCUUUAUCAAGUUUGGAAAGGUCGUAAUAAAUUUUAUUGUGGCGGUAGAUUGAUAUUUGGUCCUGACGCCGGCUCAAUACUUUUAUCUACGUUCCUUAUUGGAGCCCCAGCAAUAACCUUUGGCAUCAAAGCUCUACUCGAGAUAGAAAAAGAUGGAAGCACCUUUGCGUAUGGGGUACUUUCUUUAGAAAUCGUCCUCACCCUUUUGGUUCUAACUUUUCUCUUCAUGACGUCCGCAAGAAAUCCUGGAAUAGUUCGUAGGAACAAACGACCGCCAGAAUGUGAAGAGUCUUUCAAUCUUCGGUCACAAUCUUUGGAUUGGUCAGAUGGUACGUCCAUGAGCCUGAGGAUACCAAGAAUGAAAGAAAUGCUCGUUAAUGGCCACCCGAUAAAAGUUAAAUAUUGUGACACUUGCAUGCUCUACCGCCCUCCACGUGCUUCUCAUUGCUCCGUUUGUAAUAACUGCGUGCAACGGUUUGAUCACCAUUGCCCGUGGGUAGGCCAGUGUAUCGGAGUUCGCAACUAUCGUUUUUUCAUCCUGUUCGUUACCUCCUCGACGGUCUUAUGUGUAUACGUCUUCGUGUUUUCAUUGUUCGAUAUUAUUCGUGAAAACGGCAGUUUUAUGGAUAGUUUAUCAAAAGACGUGAUUUCGGUUAUGCUUGCGACAUACUGCUUCAUAAGUGUUUGGUUCGUCGGCGGGCUUAGCGUUUUCCAUUUUUAUCUCAUUUCCACAAACCAGACAACGUAUGAAAACUUCCGGUACCGAUUUGAGAAGAAGAAAAAUCCAUACAAUGAAGGCUUUUUUAAGAACUUUAAGGAUGCAUUAUGCUCUAAAAUGCCACCCCCUAUCGACUUUCGAGAGUGGGUGGUAGUUGAAGACGAUGAUGUUCCAACCACCGGGUCCUUCACACAACGGUUUUGUGCAUCUAUGCGUGCUUCGAAAGGAAAGUUAAAUAGGGAUCCGAGCAUCUUCCAACAAAAGGACGGUACAUUGUCAAACAAUAAGACUUUCAACAAUUCCGCUACAGAUAAAGAUUCACAAGGCAACAACGUAGCCAAAAACACGCCACAAGAACAAGGUCCGUGAUAUCUAGUUAAUCGUCGAGAUUUGGGUUUCUAUGACGAUGGAGGGAUCGAACAAAAUGGAUGUACCUGAACAAGAUUUGAAUAGAGAGACGAAUGGCGUUGGUUUAUUAACUUUGUUUAGGCAGAAGAUCAUAUUGUGGCAAUGUUUUCUUAUAGAGCAAAUAAUUUCAAGUCCAAUCUAUGAUGGUUUGUAUGACACAAGUUAUGCUGAAAUCUUUAUAGAAUAUUAUUCAAGGCACCACAACACUAUAGAAGAGAAUUUAUUUGUGGAUAAUGGAGUUGUAAAAAUAGCCAUUAUAGUUGUAUAAAACCAUA